AUGUGGCUAGUCCAUGAGUUAUACUGCAAACGACGUCAUCUUCCACCUGGACCGAUUCCUCUUCCAUUCGUUGGAAAUAUUGUCCCAAUGAUUUGGGAAAGUCCAGGAUACGAAUGCUUUAGAAAAUGGACAAAAAUGUAUGGAGAUGUAUACACAUUCUGGCUGGGUGAUGUUCCCUAUAUCAUGAUUGGUUCCUUAGAAAAAAUGAAAGAAUUGUUUGUGAGAGAUGGUGAUACAUACACUGACAAGUUACAACAGCCAUUCACUGAAAAGUUUCGAGGUGGGAAGUUUGGAAUUAUUGAGACAAGUGGACAUUUUUGGAACACGCAUCGCCGUUUUGCCAUCUCCACUUUCAGAGAUUUCGGACUUGGAAAGGAUUUGAUGCAACAAAAAAUUCUGAUUGAAAUUGAGGAAACUUUCCGAGUUCUCGAUCAAGAUCUUGGAGAGGAACAAGAUGUUCCAAAAGUGAUUUAUGGAGCAGUGGCUAAUGUUAUCAACCAGAUUAUUUUCGGAUAUCGGUUCGAUGAAGGAAAGGAAGAGGAAUUCCAAAAACUGAAAGAUUUGAUUGAUAUCCAGGAAAAGUCAUUCCUGUCUUUCAAGUUAUGUGUACAAGCUUUCGCACCAGGUAUUGGUAAAUGGCUUCCUGGAAAAUCCCUAGAUGAUAUAAUCACUGAGAAACGAGAAGACUACUACAGCUUUUUUAACUCUCAAAUUGCUGAGCACCGCCGGAAGAUUAAUUUUGAAUCAGAAGAAGUUUUCGAUUACGCUGAAGCUUACUUGAAAGAGCAGCAAAAACAGGAACUGAAAGGAGAAAUAGAGUUAUUCUCAGAUAAACAAUUAGUGAAUAUGUCCUUUGAUUUGUGGUUUGCUGGACUGACUACAACAAAUACUACACUGAAUUGGACAAUUUGUUACGUUAUGAAUUAUCCAGACGUUCAAGAGAAAAUGCACAACGAGUUGGAUAGAGUGAUUGGAGGUGAUCGAUUGGUGACCAUGGCUGAUAAAAACAGUCUUUCUUAUAUCAAUGCGGUUAUAAAUGAAUCUCAAAGAUGUGUGAAUCUUCUUCCAUUGAACUUAUUUCAUGCAACUACCAAAGAUACUGUAAUCAAUGGAUAUCACGUGAAGAAAGGAACUGGAGUGAUUGCUCAGAUUAAUAGAUUUAUUGAUGAAAAUGGGAAACUGAGGAAGAUUGAAGAACUGAUACCAUUCUCUAUCGGGAAGAGGCAAUGUUUAGGUGAAGGACUCGCUCGAAUGGAACUAUUUCUUUUUGUUGCCAACUUUUUCAAUCGCUAUCAGGUUUCCUCGCCUUCUUCUGGACCUCCGUCGCUCGUGAAAAAGGAAAGAGUUGGUGUGUUUCCGAGGAAAUUUUGUGUUGUUUUGAAGAGAAGAAACGCUUGA